GGAUGAGCGUAGUUUUUGGGCCGUUAAAGUGAAAUGACCCCUUAAACACGUUAAAAGAGUCGAGCGCAAACGCCAGGUAACUCCAAAAUGGAUGUACAAAGCACAUUUCGUGGCUCGACGCUGUCGAAGCGCGCCGGGGUGGCCGGCUUCGGAUGCGCGUUUCCGACUGCUCCGCGGAGCGGAAGCUGGCACGGUGUCACCGCGCGCGCAAAUCGGCGCGAUACAAAUUCAGUCUGCGUCUGCCUCCGUCCGCGUGUCGGUGGUGUCGUCGUCGGUCAACGGACACGCGGUGUGCGCGGCGUCUGGCGGCGUCCAACCCCUCCACCGUCAAAGGGCUCCUCGGUCGGCGCGCGUCGCGCGUCGCCGGCUCUCUCGAGUCUCGAGCGCAUCCGGACACUAGUCCAGUCGCAGAGCGAUGGCCGAACGGUGCGCAGGCGAACAGGUAUCCGCGCCGGCGUGUGCCGCGAGGAAGGCGCCGCCGGCGACCGGCAAGCCACUGUGCUGGCAGCACCGGCUGUUCGGCAAGCAGCUCGCGCGUUGCGGCCACGCGACUAAUGACACGAUGAAGUCGAUCGACGCGACGGCGACGCUCGUCCACGAGGACGGCCGGCCGGCCUGCGAGAUCGUCGGCAUGUACUUCAGCUUCGUGAAUCCUGGCGCGACCUGCGACGACUUCACCCGCCAGCUAGUCGACCUUUACGCGAGUGUCAACGGCGCCGGCGGUGACAACAGGAAGAGAUUCGAGGUGGUGCACGUGGUACACUGGAGCAACAUGACCGACGUGCUCGACUACGACGAGAGCUUCCGCGCCCACGUAGCCGAUCUACCCUGGCUCGCCGUGCCGAACCACGACUACGAGAGAAAGACCAGACUGACUCGAAGGUACCGAAUAAAGGUGGGUGUGCCGACGUUGAUUUUAUUGGAGGCGUCCAACGGGUCAAUCGUGACAAGAGAAGGUGUCGAGCGAACUAUCGCUGAUCCCACCGGCGCGGAAUUCCCUUGGAGACCGCUGCAUCCGAAGGCCGCCUUCGAGGAUGGACCUCUCCUACCGUGCGGCGCCCGCGGCAGCAACGAGCCUAUGUUGCACGAGGAGCUUCGCCACUGCUUCAAGGGAGUUUACUUCAGCGCACACUGGUGUCCGCCUUGUAAAGCAUUUACCCCGCAACUCGUGGAUACGUAUCAACGGAUCCGGGAGAGAGGCCACGAUUUCGAAGUAAUUUUCGUGAGCUCGGAUAGGAGCGAGGAAUCUUACAAUGCGUACACUGAAACAAUGCCUUGGUUGAGGAUACCGUUUAAUCAAGAAGAAAGACGUCGAAAAUUGGCAAAAGCUUUCGACGUACAGGCAAUACCCACUCUCGUUAUUCUGGAUCCUCGCGACAACAUAAUCACCUUAGAUGGACGCGCCGAAUUGAUUGAUGAUCCAGAGGGACUGAAUUUUCCCUGGAGCCUUAGGCUAGUGAAUAUUCUAACAGAAAAGUAUGCUGCAUCGUUACACGAUGCUCCAGGCAUUAUCUUGUUUGUCGACGCGGAAGAUUCUGAGAUUCAAUUUGCGGAAAGUGUACUACUGCCAGCUGCACAAAUGUAUAGAAGGGAUCAACCCGAUUAUGAUCCCAAUUACGAUGAUCCUGAUGAUUCUUUGCAGUUCUACAUAGCUUUGGAUUGUGAAACAUCGGAUAUUCUUCGUGAAUAUAUUGGCUUGGACGAUGCAGUACCUCUUUUAACUGCCAUCGAUAUUCCACGGGAAGUUUAUGUCGUAAUGGAGGACGGUGCUAAGAUUACCGUGGACUCUGUACAACAGUUCGUCGAUGAAUUUCUCAAUAACAAAUUGCCGACAAAUCAAAUAGCAUCAAAAUCAACCGAACGCAUGCCGGCCUAAAAAUAUCAUAUACAAUGUUAAUUAAAUACAAAAUUUAUACUUGUCAAAUUUUAUAAGAGUUAUUCAGAUAAAGAAACGUCCCUUUCUUUCUUUUACACUCUUGUCUCUGUGAUAUCGUCGUUCUUUAUGUAGAGAGAAAUUCGCGUGUACGUUGUAUCUCUUCUUAUAUUAAUUCAUCGCGGGUGUAACAACAAAAUAUGUGUUAUCCCACUAUCAAAACUAAGACCCGGUUUCACCAACGUCGCUUUAAUUUUAAUUGUACAAUUAGCUCAACUCAUUCUUUGUCUGUUUCCGAGGGAACAGCUAAAAAGAGAAAAGGAGCGAGUUAAACACUAGGAGCAAAAUUAAUUAGCAACUUUGGUGAAACCAAGCCCAAGUCGAUCAAAUUGUAUUUUCAAGUGUACGUAAACGCACACGAAUACGUUAAUACAUUAUAAAUUACUAAAUAAAUAUCAGAUAAACGCACUGAAA